AUGGAUCGAGAAAUGGCAAUAAUAGAAAGCAGCAAUCAUCUCGGCACUUCAUCUCCUGCCAUCGAAACACAGUUUACGAUAAACUCUCCGCUAUUAAAGGAUGAAGGAACUAAAGAAAGCAUAACAGAUUCAUCGAGAAACGAGGUACCGAUUGAAACGAAACAGUCAAAAAGUCCCGAUAUAGUAACAGAAGAAGAACAUCCUCAAAGCACAAAAACUGAUAUUGAGAACGAGGUAGAGAAUCCUGUUACAGACGGAAACGGAAAUCUGAAACUAGAAUUACCAGAUAAUCUUGAUAAUGCUGACUUUUCUAAACUACUGGAAUUUGAUGCGAAAAAUGAUGAAGCUCUAUUCAAUUCAAAUGAAUUGUUAUCUCACACUAUGGAUUCUGUAAAUAACAUUGAUUUACCCGAUGAUCACAGCCGGGAAGUUUCAUCAAAAGAAAAUAUCGAUAUAGAGGCAGUAAACCCUCAAGAAGACGAAAAGGAGAAAACUCAAGAUAAUACAGCAGCAAUGAAAACAGAGGAAAUAAACACCUCUGAAGAUACAAGCAUACAAAAGAAUGGACGCACUGCUGAUGAGUUAUACACAGAUGUGCAUAAAUUAUCAGCAAACAAAGAUGCUGGUGCCCUGCCAGAACUAGUUGACGAAAAAAACAGCAUACUCCAUAUGAGGAACAAUUCGAUAACACCAAUAAUGUUUCAGCAGCACGAAUUAGUAGGACAACCGCCUCAAAAUACCGUUACCGAAAACAAUAGUACAGACGCUGAAACUACCGAACGAAAACCAUCUGAACCAAUUAACGAAAGUUUACCACUUCCAAAUGAACAACCGACUAUCUUUGCAUAUGCAAGACUAGAUUUUCAAAGUUUUACUUUUUAUGUGCAAACAUUACAUGCAAUUAUUGGAAGGAGGUCUGAGAAUGACUUUUCCCAUAAAGUUGACGUUAAUCUUGGUCCUUCGAAAUCUAUAUCGAGAAGACAUGCUCAGAUUUUUUACAAUUUUGGGACGGGAAGGUUUGAGUUGUCCAUAAUAGGGAAAAAUGGUGCUUUUGUGGAUGACAUUUUUGUUGAAAAAGGAAACACCGUUCCACUUCGUAACAAAACAAAAAUUCAAAUUGGACAAAUUCCAUUUCAAUUUAUUUUACCAGAACAAGAACGUAACGAUGAUAGCAAAAGUCCAGAAAACGCUGAUAUAACAGAAUCUGAAAUAAGUAUAAAAAAUCCCAAGAAAAACGAGGCCAAACCCAAGAAAAAGAUUACAGCAGGAACAAAGCCCAAGAAAGCGCAAACCAAACCGGCUGUUAAAAAAGAGAAGAAGCCACCGAAGAUACCAAAGAAAGUAUAUACACUGGAGGAAAUUCCAGUGGAAUAUAGAACGAAACCCACUGUAUCUUACUCCGCUAUGCUAACUACUUGCAUACGAAAGUAUUCGACUGCCAAAGGGAUGUCCUUAUCAGAAAUCUAUGCAGGAAUAAGAGAUCUCUUUCCCUAUUAUAAGUACUGUCCUGAUGGGUGGCAAAGUUCGGUAAGACAUAACUUAUCUUUAAAUAAAUCUUUUAGGAAGGUUUCUAAAGAAGGCAAAGGGUGGUUAUGGGGUCUUGAUGAAGAAUAUAUUGCAGAGAGGGAACGACAGAAAAAGAAACAAAGUGAGAUAGCUGUGGCGAAAGCACAAGCCGCACAAUUAAAACUCGAACAGCAACAACACAAACUUCAGCAAGUACCACAAAGGGGCAAAAAAGACAUCGUUUCCCAAAAAUCCAAUGUGAAUGCGAGAAAACAAAACAUCUCACAAACUCUUGCAGCAAACAGGGCCGCCUCUAAUAGGAAAAAUACGGCGAGCGAUAAUCAAAGGACAAUGAAAUAUUUGCAAGAACAACUUGUCAUCUUGACACGAGAUCGGAAAGGUUUGUCUAAGCAGGUUAUCGCUGCAAUUUUGACACAGGCUCUAGCUAUGACAAUAAAUCAAGUAACACAAGCAGCAAAGAACAAGGGGAUUACGGGUAAUCCGCUUACAGCAUUGAUGGACAAGAAUCCUCAGCAUUUGAAUCUAAUCUUAGCGGCAGCUGUGAACGCAGCAACCGCAAAAGUUACAAAAGGUGAGGUAAAACAAUUAGUGAAUCCUGAAACUACAGCGGCGGCGGCUCUAGCAGCCAAGGCGCAACAUUCCAAACCAAUACGCCAGCCAAUAGUCCAGACGCCUCAUGUACCAGAUAGGCCUCCGUCUCAAUUAUCCGCAUCAGCUUCAUCACAUCCCACCAAUUACUUGCAUGAUAAACCACCAGGUUCGUUCGACCCAUCGUCUUUAUCUCGAUUUUUCCAACCGAGACAAAAUGCUAGGGCUGCAUUCUCUGCGGCUGCAGCCUCAGUACCGGUCACAGUUUCUCAAAAUGUUGACGUACAGCCCAAACCUAAGCCUGCACAGGACAAUGACUUAGAAAGUGAGAGCGGUACUAGUAGUAGUGGAGAAUCGAGCAGUGAGAGCGGAAGCGAGAGUGACAGUGGUAGCGAUGACGGAAGCGGUAGUGGUAGCGGCGAUGAUAGCAGUACUAGUAGUGAAAGUGAAAGCGAAAGUGAUAGUGGAAGUGAAGUGGAUGAAAAGAACAGUAAAAAUAAUAAGAGUGACAGCGCAGAUAUCAAACAUAACGAAUCUAAAGAUGAUAUUCCACCUAGCGACGAGAACGGAAAUAAUGAUAAGCAUGAGAUUCCAGAAACGGAUGAAGAAGGUCAUGAUUCUAAAAGGCAGAAGGUCAGCGAGGAUAUCAACCAAGCGAAUGUAACCGUUGGGGAAAACUUUGAAGGUGUGGAAAGUGGUACUAGCAUCUCUGAAAUAAAACCUUAA